AUGGCGGGCUUUCCUGUGGAUGGCCUGAACCAGGAGCUGUCGGCUGUGCAUGGGCAGCCGAUUUUUCAGCUGAGCAGCUGCCUGGUGCUGGACGUGACGGAGGCCGUCCAGAACUACACGGCGGCGGAGAGGGAGCUCCUGGACAGCUGCCGUGGCUUCUUUUACUGCUGCGGCCUGUUGUACAACGAGAUGAAUGUGUGGAAGCUGUCGGACAGCUCCGAGUCGGUGCUGCUCUGGUGGAGCCGCCGCUUUCACUGCUGGUGGCUGGCUUCCAAGGUGGUGAGCGACCCGAACAGCCAGGAGGAGUGGUCGCAGUGCAAGGUGUGGGCACGGAUCACGGCAAAGGACCAGUUCUAUGCCAACUCGGGCUACUACGUGCCGGACAAGAUCUACGUGCCGUGGAGCAGCGAGGUGCACUCCCAGGUGUUCGUCUUGAAAAGCCUGGAUGGCUUUUUCUAUGCCACUGUGAGUGCCCACCAGCAGAAGAACGAGAAGCUCAUGCACAACGUCCGCGAAGCUGUGAAGACCCUGGAGUCCAGGGACGAGGAGAUCAAGAACCUCAAGAGGCAGCUGUCGCAGCUGGCGGGCAAGCAGCACCAGGAGGAGGAGCUGAAGAAGCCGAAGGCUGAGCCUCAGCAGCCACCGGCUUACCGGCAGGUGGACUGGCAGGGCCAACAAGCCACUACCCUGGCCAUGGGCCCUCGGGCUUACGAGGACGGCAUGCAGGAGCCGUUUGCCGAGCCCGCCACCAGCACAGAGCCGCAGCAAAAGGUCAAGGCGGAGGAGCCGAAGGCGGAGGAGCCCAAGGCUGAGGAGCCCAAGCCGGAUGAGAAGAAGGAGGAAGAGGAGGCCCAGCAGAAGGAGGCUGGGGCGGCAGCGGCUCAGGAGGCUUCCGCGACGAGUGGCAGGGCGAUGUGCUGGUCAGAGUCGCACGGCGACGUCUCUGGCUACCUGAAGUCAGGGAUGUGGAUGAACAAGGCGGUCGCACUGGCUGGGCAAGCGGAGGUGAGGGACGAGAAGGAGAUGGCCCGACUCGUCGGUGUGUUUCGCGAGACACCGAUCUUUGCCAAGGCCCUGGACCAGCAUGUGGAGACCCUGAGGCGGCAUGGUUGGGACUGGCACUACUACUUCCAGAGUAGUGCUGGUGCAUCGUCUUCGAACCAGUCGAAGACUGAUGAUCAGGGCCAUUUGAAGCCCAGAAUGCAGCAUCAGUAG